AUGUCUACAGAGGCAGCGGCCACGGCCCAGCAGGCGCAGGUGUGCCCGGCACCCAAAAGACUGGAACGGGGCAACCUCAAGACGACGGAGAAGUUUGGGUCCACCAGCAGCACCAGGCGUUCCCAGCGUCUGCAGUCGACGGCAGGUCCAUCGAGCGGACGCCUCAAGCGUCACGACGGCUUCUCCGUCGCCUCCAAGGAGAGCGUCGGACACGAGCGAGUGCGCAAGGCAAGCGUCCGCAGUCACAGUUCGCAGCAGGACAUGGAGCAACGUCCCGACAUCCUCGAGGUGGUGAUGAACAACCUGGUCGUCUUGUUUGUCCUGCUGUCACUAGUGCUGGGCUUCGCAAUAGGGGCUGCUCUCAAUCCGUUGAACCUUUCCGAGCUUCAGCGGAGCCUGCUGCGUCUUCCGGGCGAGCUGUUCGUGCGGGUGCUGCAGUGUCUGGUCAUCCCUCUGUACAUCACAAGCGUAGUGAGCACGCUCGGUGGCCAGCCGACGGCGGAAGGGGCCCGUCUCGCACUGUGCACCGUCGCCUACGUCUCGCUCGUCACGCUGUGGUCCGCGACUAGCGGCAUGAUCGCCGCGCUGCUCAUGCGCCCUGGCGUCGGGGCGAAGAAGCUUCCUACACACAAGCGAUUCAACGCCACCCUCAGGGCCGACUCGCUGCUCGACAUAUUCAGGAACGUGAUCCCAGAGAACGUCGUGGAAGCGUUUGUCUUUAUGACACAAUCUGUGGAGGCAGAUCACAGCGCCAGUGACCACGCACAUUCCAUCGACGACCUUCCGACUUCGACGGUGAAUAUAGAUCUGGGCAAGGAGUACCAUCUUGAGAAGCUAGCUCACACGAACUUCCUCGGCCUGCUGGGAUUCUCCGCGCUCCUCGGCUUCGCGCUGUCGCAGUUCGUGCCCGCGGGACGCGACGUCGUCGGCGUCCCCGCAGUCGGCGCCGACUCUGCCGCACCGGGAGGCGGCGCCCACUACGUCCUGCGGCUGACGCGCGUGCUCAGCACCAAGUUCCUGCGCAUGACCGAGAAGACGCUGUGGUUCUCGCCCGUCGCCGUGGGCGCCCUCGUCGCCGUCGACGUGUCGCGCGUCUCGGAUCUGUCGACGGUCGUGUGGCACCUGGGCCUGUUCUCGUUCACGGUGCUGCUGGGACUCGGGGUCCACGCGUUCCUCUUCCUUCCUGCCCUCUACAUGAUUAAGGUGCGUCGUGAUGCGGGUCUCUUCUUCCUGAGCCUUCUGCAUCCGCUGGCCAUCGCGUUCGGCUCCCGCUCGAGCAUGGUGGGCAGCCCGGCAGCUAUGGCCAUCCUGGAGAAGAAGGUCGGCCUGCACCCGGACUCGGUGCGUCUCAUCGUGCCCCUGAGCACGGUCAUCAACCACGACGGCACCGCCCUGUACACCAUGGUGUCCGUGCUGUUCGCGGCGCAGCUACAGGGAGAGAGCCUCACGGUCAGCUCGCUGGUCGUGCUGCUCGCAUCUUGCUGCAUCGCCACCAUCGGCGAGUACGGGCUCAUGCCUAGCUUCCGCGGUCCCGCGCGCGCUGCCCUGCUGCUGACAUUGGUGGGUCUAUCACCCGACAACAUGGGCUACAUGGCCGUCGUGCACUGGCUCCUGCAGCGCGCCGCGAGCACGGUGGAUUUGCUGAGCGACUGCGUGGCCGCCGCCGUCCUGCAGCGGUAUAUGCUGCAAACCCGCCAGGAGUCCACCCGAUCGCACAGCCUCAGGCGCGGGUUGGGCUCCAUCGUGAGCCUACAGCCAGACAGGGACGUCCCGGUGUUGGCCCUUCCCGCGCAGGAACCAACGCGUAUAAGUGACCGCGCGCCCCCGAAGCCUCUUGAUGGAAAGAGUUGA